GUAGUUGGGAAUGCCACGCUUUCCACGUAGGCUUGGGACACGUUUGCACAUCCACAAUUUUCCACAACCAUUCUCUUAUCUUCUUCCUGUGUGAUCCUGAACAAACAAAACAGAAAAGAAUGGCCCUGCAGGCACCUAGCUUUCACAUCGUCAAUGGCAAUGCUUGCCUGAGACGACCCUUGAUGAACCCUUUUGCUCUAAAGUCAUCCUUCUUCUCUGGUUCCCUCAAUCUCUAUCUUCAUCCCAAUCACCACCAUCUUACUUCAGCUCCACCCAGGAUUUCCAUGCGCGUCGCUUCCAAACAGGCCUAUAUCUGUCGCGAUUGCGGGUAUAUUUACAAAGACAGAACUCCCUUUGAGAAGUUGCCUGAUAACUACUUCUGCCCUGUUUGUGGUGCUCCAAAGCGAAGAUUUAGGGCCUAUGCACCGGCUGUCACUAAAAAUGACAAUGACACAGCUGUUAGAAAGGCACGAAAAGCAGAACUACAGAGAGAUGAAGCAAUUGGGAAGGCAUUUCCUAUUGCAAUUGUCGUGGGAAUUGCAGUGCUUGCAGGAUUAUAUUUCUAUCUGAACAGCCAAUACUAGGCUGAAUGAAUGUUCGAUUGCAGUGCCCUUUAACAUGGGGUGUAGUUUGUUCCGGUUCUUUCCCUUUUCUUUUGUUCAUUCUGUUGUAAGCACCAAAGUGGCCAUACAAUAAAUUGUACAAUUAUUUUGAGAGAGAAGAAUGGUCAUGUUUAUCAACCCAGGCGGGUGAAGGAUCGAUCCAAUGUAGCCAUAGAGAGAAGAAUAUAUUUAUUUACUUUGUUGCCAUUAACGUGAUAAGAAGCAUUUUAUAUAUAUAUUUUUUAUGUUUUUCAACAA